UGCCCUGAUGGUGCAGAGUAGAUAAAAAAAGUGACUGAAUUGUGAUUAACUCGAGCUAAAGUGAGAAGGCGAAAAAUCUCCUCGACAGGAUUGGGCGCUGUGUUUGGGAUCCACACCGGAUGAGAGACUUUUUUAACUCGGCUAUAAUCUCGUAAGCGGUGUCCCCAGCAAUAAAGAAGAAGACAAAUUUUGUUUAAAAAUUCCAAAUUGUUUGCUACGAAAAUUUCACAUAAAUUCUUCACUAAUUAGCUUUUCAAUUAACCAUUACUUUAUACUUUAAAAAGCCAUAUCGUUGUGACCCUUUCCGAACGUAACCUAAACAGCUGCAAUAUUACUGUGAACACCACAGCGAAUAAGAGGAAGCGAGCACAAAACGUUUUAAAAACACAAGAAAAUACCACUAUCAAAAGAAAACAUCUCGAUACGGUAAAUAAAAUCAACGAAUAAUUUAAACCAAGUAGUAAAUAGUUGAACAAAAUGACUACAGCUGCACGACCAACUUUUGAUCCCGCACGUGGAGGCAGCGGACGUGGCGAAAAGGAUUUAAGUGCUCUCUCUAAACAAUAUUCCAGCAGAGAUCUACCAGGCCAUACAAAACUCAAAUACAGAGAAACUGGUCAAGGCACCUCAGAUGAGCUACGCAACCGUGAUUUCCGCAAAGAAUUAGAGGAGCGUGAACGUGAAGCACGUCCAAGCAAAGCUUUGCCAUCAAUUGUGCGUAAAGCAAUCGAAGCGAACAAUUCUGCAAAUAGUGGUGCCAGUGGGCCAAAGCGAGCACGGGUAGAACAACCAACAGCACCUGUGAAUUUAGAUGCUGACGAUCCGAUAGACAAAGACAGUUCCGAGGAGGAUUCCGAUUCGGAUGAAGAAGAUGACACCGCCGCAUUGUUGGCAGAAUUAAAUAAAAUUAAACAAGAACGUUUACAGGAUGAAGCGCGUAAAGAUCAAGAAAAGAAACAGGAAGAGGAGCGUAUACGAAUGGAGAACAUUUUAUCUGGCAAUCCGUUGAUCAAUUAUGCCUCAGGUACUGGCGCAACAGCGAGUAAAAAUUUGGGCAGUGAUUUGAAGGUGAAACGACGUUGGGAUGAUGAUGUGGUUUUUAAGAAUUGUGCUCGCUCUGAACCGGAAAAGAAGACACAUUUCAUCAACGACUCGCUGCGCAAUGAAUUUCACAAGAAGUUUAUGGAUAAAUAUAUUAAGUGAUUUUUAAUUAUACAAUUUUCGAUACUAACAAAGUAAUAUAGCAUUUUAAGCAAGUUCCAAUAUCUACUCUCUGUUAGUGAUUAAAAUAAAUAAUAAAUAUGUGUAAAAGCA